AGGCCAAAUUUUAGUCUACAUUCAUGCUGCGACCGUGGGUCGUAUGCGUGUGAAAAAUCGAUUUGCGCUAACAAGACUUCGCAAUUUCCUACUUUGUGAUAAAAGGUGGUCGACGAACGAUCAAUAAAACAGCCUCUUUAUCAGAUGAGACUAAAUACAUUCUACUACAUUCACAAAACUACAAAAUGCCUGAUUAUCAAAAGUAAAGCAAAAAAUUAGGCAGACGAUAAACUUAGCAGACGACCCUUGCGGUUACAUACGUCAUAUUUGUGUCGGUACCACCCAGAGCAUGUACGAUUCACGUGGGUCCGUCUGCCCAAUCAACUCCAGGGGAUUCCCGCAUGGAGUGGGUGACGUCAGGGUUUACGAUCCAUAUAUGGAUUUCCUCUCCCCACCCAUUUUUAACCUACUGGGGACGGGACAUAUUUUUGUGACGGUAAACCACAUUUAUUUUGAAAAAAGUUGGAUGAUUUCCUUGUUUCAUAUUGUGUAGUGGUUUGCUAUUCGCGUGAAACGGAAUUAGCACGCGCUAUUGAUUCGGAAUCCCCCCGUACUGUAAUCUUAUUAUUCACCCAUCCCGUGGGGUCGAGGAAAAUAUUUCAGCGACCACUUGUUAGCAGAGAGUGGGAAAUAGCCAACAUAUUUUGGCAGUGUACAUGUAUUUGGAAUGACAUCAACUCAACCUACAAAUGCCUCAGAAUGGCAGCUUUACAGAGUUCUACAACGUGCUAAUUUAUUGCAAUAUUAUGAUACAUUCGUAGCACAAGGGGGAGAUGAUGUUCAGCAGUUAUGUGAGGCUGGGGAGGAAGAGUUUCUGGAGAUAAUGGCAUUAGUGGGGAUGGCCAGUAAGCCAUUGCAUGUUAGGAGACUGCAAAAAGCCUUGCAGGAAUGGGUUGCAAAUCCAGCUGCAUUUCAAGGUACAGGCAACACAUCCACAAGCUCUGUAGUGAGGGAGCCCCCAACACAUGUUUACUCUUUACCCAGCACAUCCACAGAGGGGACUCAGUCCCCAUCAUUAAAUUGGAAUAUCCAGACCACCCCGCAGAAAAGUGUUAGCCCAGUCAGUAUGAUUCCAUCUUCCAGACCUGUUGAUCUACACACUGACCUACUACAAGGACAGAUGAAGAAGCAGGGGGUGUCACCGAUUCAAGCCGCGCCAUACCUCGGGGAAGACCAGAUAAGUGAAAUAGCCAACUGUGCUGCUAAACUUGUCAAAAAUCUCCCAGUUUUUGAAGCCAAACCCCUUAACACAAAGAAAGAAAUCAACAAACAGAUCUAUGAUAUAAUAGCUCUUCCAAUAGAUUUUUCCAAGGAAAGGUUAGAGCUGAUGAGAAAAUAUGCUGCUAUUUAUAGACGCUUUGAUUCCGAGAGAAUCUACUCAAAGCCUAUGUCAAUGCAUGAGGUGUGUGUAAAUGAGGCAUCAGCCCAGCUUUGUUUUCAUAUGCCGACAUUGCUUACAAGACGAGAAGAUUUAUUUCCCCUGGCAAGACAGGUGGUGAAAGAUAGCGGAUAUCAGUAUUCCAAAGGACAUUCCAGGUUGGAGCAAAAAGCAACAGACCUCAACCCUGAAAAUCCAAGCAAGCGUCAGAAAUUGGAAGCUUUAAUAUCUGAUAGUAAAGGGGACCAGUCUUUAGAGAAAGCCAAGAGAGAUGAGAGAUUACAACAAAUCAGUCAGGAGUUAGCAAUGAUAUCAGAGAAGCAGGAACAGAUAGUGACAGACCUGGAAACAGCCAAGGAAAGCCAGGAUAUGGAUAAGGUAGACACUCUACAGUCACAGCUAGAACAGAUCACAAAUAAACAUCUACAACUUCUCACUGAGCAGAGUGAUCUACUCAGAAAGCAAAGCUUUGAAGUUUAUAUUGACUUCGACGCAAGCUCAGAUCGUGAUGACUCAAACCUAGGUGCUAGUGGCUCCUCGUCCCCAGCGCAGACAGAUCGCACAGAAUCCACCCAGCAACACCUCACCCUGAAAAGUAUGCUCACAACGGGACUCAUGCCAAAGUCUUCUUUCAAUCAACUGACCUCAGCUGGCGGCCCUUCAAAAAACACGCUGUUUGAUGAAGGUCUGCGCUUCGCCCAGCAGUAUGGACUGGGCGAUUUUGCCCAGGAACUGAAAACAUUACAAGGCUCGCCGGAGGAGAGCGAGGGGCAGUCUGACUUAAUUUCUAGUUUAUUCUCUAGUGGGCUGUUACGUGCAAAUAAAAAUGGUGCAACAAAUGGGGACAGAGUAAGCCCGAAGCCUUCAGAAGAGGCAAGCAAUGGUGAAAAAAGUCCGGCUAAAGAAUCGCCCAAGAGUAUAAAAGAAGAAGUUGACAAUGUAAAUGGUGUAUAACACUAUUUUCAGUAUUAGAUAUGUAGCUGUCUCUAUAUAUAUAUCAGAAAAUGGAGAUAUUUAAUGAGCUUAAAUAAGGUCAUUAGGUCUUAUAUAAGAAAUAUCAAUUUCAAGAUAUGAAAAAUCUGUUUCAAAGAUGAAAUGUACAUAUAUGAAGUAAUGUAUAUAUGUGAAGCAGAUGGUUCUAUAUUAUUAGUUUAAACUUAAAGUUAAAACUGUAUUUAUUAAGAUUUUUGCAAACAAAUAAUCAAUUAAACAAAUCAGAUAUUGAUGGUCAAUAUUAAUUGAUGUGAUUAAGUAAUGUGAUUAAGAGAAAUGUUGUAGUCAUCUUUAGUAUAAAGUGCUCAGAGGGUAAGCUUUUGUGAUCACAUGAUGUUAUCAAAAUACUUCAUCCAUACAUUUAUUAUAAACAAUCCUGUACUGUUUAGCUUUAAAUUUCGAAAGUCAUCUUAUUGUUGAAAUUGUCUAGUUACAAUGAAUGGAAGCAAUUAUUAAAGGGGUUGGCAGUAGGGUUGUCAUUGAAUAUUGCAAUAUCAUCCAUAUUUAUCAUCCCAUACAAUAUCGAUACACACCUUCAAAUAUCAAUACAAGUUAAAGUAAGCAAAUAUUAAGAGGAUAUUUUUGCAUUUGCGUGAAAUAUGGAAUAUAUUUUCACGAAACAUGAUAAAAUGCCACAUAUUUUCAUGAGCCGGUACGGCGAGUGAAAAUAUGUGGCAUUUUAUCAUGUUGAGUGAAAAUAUAUACCAUAUUUCACGAAAAACGAAAAAAUAACCUUUUUAUUUAAUUUCAUUAUCAAAGAAAAUGGUAACGAAUCCCCUUGCUUGCUACCAACUACAAUUGUACAGCGCGCAGUAAUUUAUGCGUAAGCACGCGCUGUUUGGCGCUACAUUGUGACGUCAUGUAAACAACUCUUUAAACGUCUGUACAGCGUUAACCACUGAAUUAAAGAUAUUGGUGUUCAGAUUAAUUUUCUUAGUUAGACCAUUUUCUAUCAUGCUAGAUAGUUUUCAAAACAAUAUUCAAGAAAAAGUUGUUUUGUAUUUAUCAGAUUUUUCAAACAAAACGGCGAAAGAAGUCCCUUAAAAUAAAUAUGAGUUUUGAGUGCGCCCACUUUCAUAUUUAUAUUUCAUAUUUAUUUUUAAAAAAUAUGAAAUAUAUUUGACUGAUAUAGCACCAUAUUUCAUGGGUAAAAUUAAAUAAACCUGUCUAUUUUUCCUAAUAAGAGAAGUCACUUUUUUCUCAGUUUUCUUGUCUAACUUGAACUUUUAAUCUCCAUUUUCAAAUGUCAGCGUAAAAAAAAACAGGAGAAAAAAACAAACUUUCUGUUAGUUUGAAGUAUUUGCAUGCAUAGCACCAUGAUCCCAAUUUAUAACACAUAUUGAAAUGUUUUUCAUUGUAUCUUCUGUUAAAGUCGAUAUAUCGUCGAAAUUUGUCUCUUGAUAUAUCGAUAAAAAAUCAAUGACAGCCCUAGUUGGCAGUAUUUAUACAGCUUUCUUGAUAGUACUCAACUUUUCAAUACAAUUUUCAAAACUGCCUUUUUUUUGUCAUGUCCACUUACCUGGAUAGUUCUUAACCCUUACUACACGAAAUAUUUUUAACGGACUUGUCCAACAAUACCUUAGAAAAUUUCAAAGUAUGUACUGACUGUGUAGCAAACAGUGCAGACACUGAUCAGACAACACAGAUGUGCCAGCUGAUCUUGGUCUGCACUGGUUGCAUGGGUAAAAUUCUGUGGGUAAAAAGUACAUAUUCUUGUAGAUGAUUUAAAUUUUGCAGAUUUUUUUAAUGAAAUAAGUUGUUGUACUCAGUGAGAAAUGUGUAUAUAUUCAUUAAAACUAUGUUAUAGACAUGUUGAUGUUCACAUAUGUGUAUAUAUUUUCUAUGUUCAACAUAUGUUCACACAUGUGUAUAUAUCUCUAUGUUCAACAUAAUUGGCUUUAUUUGUGAAUUUAGUGUAGAUACACAAAAUUUAUGUACCUGUGAUAAAGUUGAGUUUCUAUAAAAUUAAAAGAUACAUGUCUGCAGGCUUUCUCUGCAGUA